AUGGGAGAUAGUAAAUGUAGAUAUGGUAUAUGCGAGUGUCAACGUUAUAAAGCACAAGCUGGGAAAGAUGUAUGUUUAUUCUGCAGUCACAGUAUUGGAUUUCAUGAAAUUCCAUUCUCAAAUAUAAAUAUUGAGGAACAUCCGUACGGACAAUGCCAAGAAUGUCGUUAUUGCCAAAUUUACAAAGAAGGUACUCCUGAUAAGUGUGUCUAUUGUGGUCACUAUCAAGGUUACCAUCGUAGUUGGCCAACUACUUCAAUUACAACAUCAAGUUCUUCCAUACUCAUACCACCAACUUCAUCAAAUACAAGAAAUUUUCGUAAUGUUGGCAGACCUGUAUCUGAUAGUGUAACAAUAAAUCAUUUAGUAUUUCUUGAUAAAGAAUCAUCAAAUAAGAUUCCAAAAAAAGGAACAGAUUUAUGGAAUAUUAUGAUGAAUAAAGGACAUAUCAAAGAAAAUGUUUCAAUUUCUAAAGCUGAUAAUAUAUUAGACAAAGUCCGUAAUUUAUAUGGAAUAAACGAUCAAAGAGUGAAAUUGAAAUUAUAUAGUCCAAAAGGAGGAAAACCAAUCGAAAUUAAUGAUGAACUCAGUUUUGAUUUGAUUAAAUCAAGUAUAACUAAAGCAAAUCGAAGAUUAUAUAUUGGUCCUGAUAUCAAUUCAUCAAUAAAUUUGAAUUUUUCAUCUUCGAGUAAUACGGAUAAUCUUGUUAAUGGUGGUACAUCUAGUGAAGAAUACCUUGAAAUAAUUGAGAAUUUGCCGCCCCAAUUAUUAAAUAAUAACAGUUUUGAGAAUACUUAUACUUUCUUUAACGGCACUUAUUUUUAA